AUUACCGCCAAGUUAUGCGUACCGUCACGUAUUUAACUGAAUGAUAUAGUUUUUGUUUCAUUUUUUAUCUAUAAUUGAAUUUUUUAACUUAAUUGAAAUGAAGUUUGUAUAAAAACAUCAACUGUUAUGCUGAACGACGAGAUGUUUAAGUAUUAAAUCUUUUUUUACAACAAUCGGAAAUGGGUCUGUGCGAUUUGGCAUCAUGGCGAAGACGGUUCAGUAAGACAACACCACCACAACCUCUUGAUUUUAUAAAAAUAUGCCAUGAAUUCGUCAUUAUUAAAUGCAUUGAAAAAAGCUGAUGCCCAACCAGAGUCAGGAUGGAAGCAUGCUAGUUUGUUUUCUUCAACCUCACCAAGUAGUAGCAGUUGUAGUGAGCAACAACUAUCUGAAGAUCCUCUCAGCUGGGUGACAAAACAAACCGGAUCUUCACAAAGCAGUGAAAUAAUCAGUGCUUCCCAGUCGAAGUCUGAAUCAGAAUCUGAUGAGGUUCUUUUGAUAGAAAGUUCUCCUGAGGCUGAAAAAGCUAGAAUUAACAGCAGUGAAGGCACAGUCGUCCAACAGCAUAGAAUGCAGGAACAUAAUUCUGCUCACAUUGGAAGAGUACCAAACACAUAUGACCAAGGUGCAUCUGGGGCAUCACCAUUAGGUUCUCCAAGUCCUCAGAAAAUGAUUCCAAGAAGUCUCACUCUGGUAACACAUGGAGGCUCUCCUGGUACUCCUAGGUCACAGAUAGUAAGGACUGUGCCCAUUCAGGUAGUAACAACCCUGGGGACAGGUGCCCCAGUGAGGCAACCAGCCCAGUCUUUAUCACCAGGAACCCAUGGUGGAAGUGGAAACAGACCAGGUAUUCUACGCCAGGUAAUACAUCAAGGUCAAACAACACAGCAAAAUUUUGUCAAUACAGUACAACAGUCCCUUCCAACAGGAAUACAAGCUGCGUCACCCGAAAAAAAUAUUCAAGUUCUUGUUUAUUCAACAACUAAUCAACCUCCGGCCCAAAAAUACCAAAAGAAAAUAGGCAAGCAUGGGGAAGUGCAGUUUUUACGAAUGUCUGCCCAGGGACCAAAAGAGGGCAGUAAACCACUUGUGAAACAAGGGUUGCAGCAAAAAAUUUCUGCCUCAGCUGCAGCAAAGGUACAUUUGUCUCAAAAUCAAGGACGUCCUAUCUUUCCAAACUGCAGCAAAAAUCAAAACGCUAUGAAUUCCCAGAUGUUACAUCAGGAUUUCCAACCCAAGAUUGUAGAAGUCUCCAGCUCUCAUAUACCCCUUGGUACCCCACACCAAGCCAGUCAGAAUAUCUCCGCAGCUAAUAAUGUCCAGACAACUGUUAUAGGUUCCAGUACCACUUCACCUACCAAAGCAUUGAUUAACAACAAGAGCCCAGUGAAGCUGGUGUUUUUAGGCCCAGAGUCCAAGAAUCCAGAUGCUCUUGCUCAUAUGGUCUCCCAUAUCAGCACUGUUGCAGGGAAGCCAGUUUCGGUACAAACCAACCUGGUUGGAAAUGGUGGUGUUGACAGCAAUACAAUGGUGAUUGAAAAGAAUGCCCUGUGUUUUAUUGAUAACAAGUUAAUGCAGUGGGAUGGCACAAAGCUGGUGGAAGUAGGUGUUUUACCUGGUCAAGUAAAGGGAGGUGGAGGGGGCAAAAACUCACCGGGACAAGUGUGGAAUGGAAGGGUGUUUAAACAUGUUAAUGUGGAAGAUCUGGCAAGGAAACCAAUCCAUGCAGCCAGCACUGCAGUUACCCAGAACAGCACGGUGAACAGCUCGUCAGGUCAGUCAGUUGUCACUAUGACCCCAGUCCAGCCAAAGAAGCCAUCUAGAAAAAGACCAGUUCCUCCAGAUGAUGGGGGAGAUUAUUAUAUAGCUUGUAGCAAGUGUGGUCAGCUGAGCAAAGAUUAUUUGAACUGUGAUGAUUGUGGCCGACCUCUACCAGAGACUGUGAAGUGGUAUAAAGCGUCAGAGGAAUCAAAGUCCAAAAAUGUCAAACUUUCAAAACCUAUAGACCAGAAAACAUUCUACAAGUCAAAAUUAAGUGUACAUAGCUCGUUGUAUAAAGAUAUGACUUUUGAGGAAGAUAAUCCACUGGGAAAGACAACCAGAAGUCCCUCCGUGCAAGGGAAUCGGGGAGGGAAGACUGGCCAGAUUAGAGGACGUGGUCGGGGAAAAGGAAGGGGAAGAGUACCCCUUAAAUUUUUAGAACCAGAGACUGUCACAAUCUCAUCCUCUGAGGAUGAAGAGAGUCAUAGUACCAGCAACAGCAUCAGCAACAGUUCUCGGUCUACUCCUGAGAGUAAUAAAGAGCUUGAAGUUGCACCUAAGAAACCUUUGACAAGAAGGGAGAAGAUGGAAGGACCAGAUGGGAAACCAGCAGGAGGUGGCCAACCAGAGUUCAUAGAGGGGGUUCAUUAUGUACGUGUGGCCCAGCCACAGGCUCCCCCACCUGCUACCACUAAUGUCCAAGAGGAAGAGGAUCUCCCCAUUCAGAGACUGGUGCUAGAGGCCAAGAGGGUCAUGCUUGGUUCCUUGCCUGGGAUACCAUUUGAACCUAUCAUUUUAUCUCCAGAAGUUAUACGAAUGAAAAUAGAGUGUCAGGAUGAUUCUGUCAACAUAUCAUUGUAUCCCAAUGAUAUUGUGAAGUGCAAGGGUCACUUUGGCCAGAAGAUGGCAGUGCUGUUCCUGUACACAACCCCAGGGUGUGGUGCCAGAGUCCGGUCCCUCUGUCAUAUGAACCAAGCUACAGACCCCUGCUAUGACCCUGGCAGUAUACAACAAAAUCGAAAGUGUAUCACUAUCAUUUUCCCACAUCCGCAGCCAAAGGCACAGGAGAAGAAGAUAGAAAAGAUCUUUGAAAUGAUUCAAGAGAAGCAAGGUGAAGAGCAGAACUCCGAGGAAAAAACAAAACUUUAUUCACAUGUCACUGACAAAGAGACACUGGAGAUCAUGACAGAUAUUAAUACUAAACAAAAUCAGCAGUUGGAGCGGUCUCGACAGGACAAAGCGGCUGAUGAAGAUCAGCAGAUGGGAGAGGUAGAAGACAUGGAGAUGCCUCAUGUUUACAGGUUUACUGGGCCCAUUGUCAAACUAUUGGUAUGGCCGCCUCCCCCAGCCAUAGGUGGUAUAACUGUCACCAAUGAAGAUCUGUUUUGUCUGAAUGAUGGGGAGUUCCUAAAUGAUGUCAUCAUUGACUUUUAUUUGAAGUACCUAUAUGUGACUAUGCUCAGCGAACAAGACAGACAACGCACGCACAUUUUCAGCUCAUUCUUCUACAGAAGAUUGGUACAGAAGAAUAUAUCCAGGUACUCCACUUCAGAAACACAGAAUAUGAGUACAUCAGAGAAGAGGCACAACAGAGUGAAAACUUGGACUAAGAAUGUUGACAUUUUUGACAAAGACUUUAUUAUUGUCCCCAUCAAUGAAAGUGCCCAUUGGUUUCUUGCCAUCAUUUGUUUUCCUGGCAUUGAUAGACCAGAGACAUACGAAUAUACUAAAACUUUUAAAGUAGAGGAACCGUUCAUGAGAUUGCUAAAAGACCACAAAACAAAAAGUAUAUUAACCAUUGACAAAAACAAGCUGAAAGAGAAGAACAAACAAGAGCUGUCCACAAAUGUUGCUGUCAAAGUGGCAACCCAGGGUAAAGUGACUGUGGUGAGACUGAAACAGACAGAUAAAGAUGACAAGUCCAAAAAGACAUUGACAGUAACUCCUCCAGAGGAGCUGGAUGAUAUGAGACUACAGGAGAAAGCGGAGAAUGACUUGCUGGCAGCACACACACUGAUCACUCUGGCUCAAGGUGAUGAAUCUAUAGCCAAGGAGACUGAAAGUCAGUCUUCAUCUAACUGCAGUAGUCAGGAAAGCAAGGAAGAACCCAUGGAUUGUGAUGAAGCUGACACCCCAAGUACCCCCAAUAAAGAGGAGAAGAUGGAGGUGGAGGGUGGCAGUAAGGAAAUGGUGGAUUCCCAGUCAUCGGUGGAGACACCUGAAACAACCCAGAAAGUGAAAGAGGAAGAAAAAACUUCUGCCAAACCUAACAAGACACUAACACUGCAACAAACUGUGCAGGGAAUUAAGAAGCAACCCUGUAUCCUAAUUUUUGACUCACUCCCUGGGCCAUCGAGAUCAGGAGUAGUUCGCACGUUAAGGGAGUAUUUACAAGUAGAGUGGAACAAGAAGAAACAGACCAAGAAAGUGUUUGACAAGGAUACCAUAAAAGGUGCUAAUCCCAAGGCUCCACAGCAGAACAAUUACAGUGAUUGUGGGGUGUAUGUGCUGCAAUAUGUGGAGAGUUUCUUCCAGAAUCCAAUCAAGGACUUCAACAUCCCAAUCAAAGAGCUGGAAAACUGGUUCACAGUUGAACUGGUCAGCAAAAAGAGGGAAGAACUGAAAAACUUAAUUUUAAUACUGCAAAAAGAGCAGGAUGAAAAGCCUGUCAAGGUCAAAGAGGAAAAAGAAGAAGAAAAACCUGAAACAUCUGCCCAGUCAACAUCUGAGACAUGACAGCUGUGGUCAUCUCUGGUGCAAAGUAUUUGUGAAAAGAUGUGACACUGUGAACUUAAUAUUAUCUUAAUAUAGUAAAGUUGUGUAAAUUUUAUUUGUGUAACAAGUAUACCAAUAAAUAUUACUUUUAGUUUAGUAUAAAUGAUAAUGAUGAUAUUGAACUGACUACUAGGGAGUUUUGAAAGAGUAUGUGAGGGGCCCACAGCUUUAUUUCUUAUUGUAUAUUAUUAUUAAAAAUUGAUGAUGAUGAUGUUGAUGAAUUAUAGUUGAAUGGAAUAUGGAUGGACAAUAGGGUCCAUCAGUUACAUUAAUUAGAAUCUAAUUGGUUGAGUUUAAGAUUUCUUCACUUGAACCAUAAUGUUACCUUGACUUCCAGAUAAUAUUAUAAAGAAUUGCGUAUUUUCAAAAAAGCAGGAGCAUAAGAUGUAUCUUAUGGCUACGCUUUCCAGGAAAUACCUGUUUGGUGCAAUUAUAUAUUCAGUAUAAAUUUUAUCAUGAGAUAAUAGAGAAAUCUUUUAUGAGAUUUAUGUAAUUUGUAUCAUAGAAUUAUAUGGAUAUGCGCAAUUUUUCAAGUUUCAUUAUGAAAGAAGGUGUGUUUGUACACUUCCUGAUGUAAGCCAGUAGCAGUGUUCAGCAGUAACUACAGUAUAAUAUGAUAUUUAUGAAGUGAAUUAUUGUCAGUGAUUUGGUUUUAUAAAUCACACUAGUACCACUCCAGUCUAGUCAUUAUAUCCCCACUGAUAUUCCAUUAUUUCGCCAUUUAUUUCAGCAGUGCACAUUAGCAUACGUAGUAAAAGAUUCCAGUUAAAAAUGAAUUUUAAAGAUGAAAUGUAGCAUUCUGUUUACAAUUCUUAUUUUAAGGAGAAUUGGCAAAAUAAAGGACUCAGUUGUAUAUUAUUAUAUAAAUUUGGAUUGAUCAAAAAGAAAUACAAGAGUACUGUCAACAUGGGUUCAUUUUAUGAAAUAUUUAAAUCUCGCGGUAUUUUGUAAAAUAAAGGCGCUUGACUUUAUUGUAUACAGCUUCAGUAAAUCGAUUUGAAUGGUGCAGAUAACAGUAUAUUGUACAUUUUUGUUUAAAAACAUGAUACAACAAACGCUAAAGUUCAAACGGUUACAAGUGACUAUAUUGCGUAAUACUCUGAUGAACAAGAUCUGAAAGAGAUGUAUGGAGUAACGUAGGCAACCAUCUGCCGACAGAUAACGUUGUUGUUAGACUAUUGUAUUGUAAAUAAAAUUUGUUCCUUAAUA